CGAGGCGGCCACGUAGACAACCUUUCUUGGUGGAAAAACCUUCCAAUCAAUUCCGAAAGCCACCUACUCAAGGCCUUCUCUGUGACAAUCCUCUCGAUCGUAGGGCAUGCAGGUGAAGUAGAGCGCACAUUCUCUGAUCUCGGCACAAUACAAUCUGCAUGA